AUGUGCCCACAGGCCGACGACGACACCGGGGGGGAGCUAGGAAAUGCUCGGUAUGACAUUGAGACUAACCGGCGUACGUAUGGCCAGAUGAAGGACGGUUUUGCCGAGCUGGCGUUGCUCGUAGAUCAGCCGGCUGAGCAGGCUAGAAAAUCGAUGGAGCUGGGCCUCGCCGCGGGUAGCGCCAAUGGUCCCGGGUUACCUCUCUGGACAUCGCUCCACAUCAACCCUCUUCGGCACAUGCCGAUCGAACGGUUGCAUUUCGAUGCUUUGGGUUCGUGCCAGCUCAACCAGGUCUUUGUCCUAGAGUUGCUCUCGACACAAGGCCGCCGGCUCGUCCAGAGUGUCAUGGCCCAGCCACCGUCCCUGCUGUACCCACCAGGCACGGAGCACCUGAAGGACAUCGUGACGAACUACUCGUCUCUUACUGGGAGUGACAAAUGGACGCUGCAAUCUAUGUUGCUGCUUGUCUUUCGACCCGUUCUGCAAGACGUCGAGUCUCUGGUGAACUAUAUUGUAUAUUCCAAUUGA